CACUCCACAGCAGAUGGAUUUCACUGAAGUUUACAGACAGACUGGUAAUCUGGUGUACUUCAGCCCUGGCGCUCAUUUUAUCCUCAAUGCUGCUGAAGACACUCUCGUCGUCCGUCGCACUGAUACCCUCCAAGUAACCCGCACCUGGUCCAUCGGCCCCCCCUCAGAAACCGUCGUUAUCACAUCUCAUUCCAAGUCUCAUGGGACAGCGACCUCCAAUAGUCAGUGGAUAUCACAAGCGGGCUGGUCCUGCGACUCCGAGUACAUCUUGGCUGCUUCUUCCAGGAGAGGUGUUGUCCAUGUAUUCAAACUCAGAGACGAAGACUGGAACGCCAGAAUGGAGACAGGCGCAGAAGGCUUGGUAAAGGCAGAAUGGGCACCGGACGGACGCCAUAUCCUCUGUUUCUCUGAAUGGGGUCUUCGCGUUACCAUAUGGUCACUGUUGACAGCUAGUGCAACAUAUAUACAAUUUCCAAUUCAUCCCGAUAGAGGAUAUGCCUUCCGUGCAGAUGCACGAUACUUCGUUUUGGCUGAACGUCACAAGUCGAAGGACACCAUGGGUAUCUAUGAUACCUCCAGCAAUUACAGAUUAGUGCGGCACUUUCCAUCCCCAACGACGAAUCUAUCUUCACUUGCUCUGUCCCCGUCCGGAAAUUACCUUGCAGUAUGGGAAAGCAUCCUAGAGUACAAGUUACACAUCCUUUCUCUUGCUGGUGACGUCCAAGGUACUUUUACUCCAACUCCCGACCCGGGUUUCGGCAUUCGCCAUGCAGCGUGGCAUCCAACUGGAAUGUUCAUCGCCGUUGGAGGAUGGGACGAUAAGAUUCACAUACUUGACAGCCUCACAUGGUCAGCGGCGUCAACCCUGGAGCUUUCUAGCAGAAUACCUAAUGGCGUCGUGCUGUGGCGAGAGCCUGCUGACUGGCUUGAGUCAACGCAGGGCAGAGGGUUCAUCUCAUAUGAGCGCCUCAGGGGUCCUCAGAGCGUCAGUAUAUGCCGGGUGGAUCUCACAAAACCAAAUCAGAAAUCAGGUGCAGUGCAGCUCGAAUGGAAUAAGACAGGGACUCUCUUAUUAGUGCGAUUUGAGAACGUGCCAACUCUGGUGCAUAUCUACGAUUUUCCGACGCCCUCUGAACCGUUUGUUCCGCGUCUGCGGUGCGUGCUGCAACACCAGAAACCUGUUCUAAGCGCACGAUGGAAUCCCGUGCGUAAGGGCAAUUUAGCGAUUUGUUGCGGCACGCAAAGUGUCUACACGUGGAGUGAUGAGUGGCAAGGGGAAGGCGGCGAGGAGGAAGAUAUGGCCGAGUGCAUUGGAGUGCCCACCAACAUGAUGUACGAAACGAGGGACAUUCGAUGGGCACCGGAUGGAAAGGGGCUGGUAUUGAUGGACAAAGAUACUUUCUGCUGUGCCUUCGAAGUCGAGGACGAUGUGAUCAGUUGACGUGUACAUAUCUACAUACGAUAGGAAUAUGACCUUGCUUGCGACGAC